CGCUUGCAGUCUGGUACGUAGAGCUCUUGCGUAAGUGUGUUUGAAGGCCCGUGACUAGCCAGCGUGCUAAUCCAACAUUCGGGACGUUACAAAGAAUUUCAUAAUUUAUCACCUUCUGAAAGCGGUUUUAUCCCCCUCUAUUUCUGGGUUGGUCCGAUUCACACCCAGAAUGUCCUUCCCUCCUCAUUUAAACCGGCCGCUGUUGCCCCCUCCUGGGAUGCCCCCUCAAUUUGCUGGCUUCCCCUCUGGAGCUCCAAUGAUCCCAGUUCACAUGGGCAUCAUGACCCCCACUUCUGCAGUAAUGCUGCCUUCUGUGCAAGUGAUCAGUAAGCCUGCAAUUCAUAAAAAGGAAAUACUGCGAGUCAGAGACAACAAUGAGAACAGCGGCCCUACUACCACAGUGUUUGUGGGGAACAUAUCAGAGAAAGCUUCAGACAUGCUGAUCAGACAGCUGCUCGCGAAAUGUGGAAUUGUUCUGAGCUGGAAGAGAGUCCAAGGAGCCUCUGGCAAGCUUCAAGCCUUUGGGUUUUGUGAGUACAAGGAACCAGAGUCCACAUUGCGAGCACUGCGGCUGCUCCAUGACCUGCAGAUUGGAGAAAAAAAUCUGUUGGUGAAGGUGGAUGCCAAGACUAAAGCUCAGCUGGACGAGUGGAAGGCCAAGAAAAACACUGUGAAUGGGAAUAAUAAGGCUGAAGAUGGUGGAAAUGAUGAGGAUGAGGUUCUAGAUGAGGAGACAAAGAAGAAGGAUCAGAUUAUCAAAGGAGCUAUUGAUGGAUUGAUGAGGGAAUAUGCUGCCGAACUCAACGCGCCAUCCCAGGAUGAGGACUCCCAGAGACGAAAGAGAAAAAAGGAGAAAAAAGAAGAGGACGACAUUAAUGCUAUUGAUAUGGAGGACGACAAGAGAGACCUGAUUUCCAGAGAAAUUAGUAAAUUCCGAGACACUCACAAGAAACUAGAAGAAGAGAAGGACAAGAGGGAGAAGGAGCGGCUGGAGUUUGAGCGGGAACGGAGGGAGCGGGAAAAAGAGCGAGAGCGGGAAAGAGAGCGGCGGGACCACGAGAGGGAGAAGGAACGAGAAAAGGAACGGGAGAGGGAAAGGGAGCGGGAACGGGAGAGAGACAAAGACCGCGACCGAAGGACCAGAGAACGAGAGCGAGACAGAGACUGGGACCGAGACAGAAGCCGUGACAAGAGCCCCGAACGCAGCCGAUCCAGGGAAGUGAGUCGAGACCGAGACAGAGAAAAAAAACGAGACCAAGAGGAUGAAGAGGAGGCUUAUGAACGCAGGAAGCUGGAGAGAAAACUCAGAGACAAGGAAGCAGCCUAUCAGGAGCGUCUAAAAAACUGGGAGCUCAGGGAGCGGAAGAAGGCACGGGAUUACGCCAAAGAGGCCGAGAGGGAAGAUGAGCGCAGACGAGAAACGGUGAAAGAGGGCAAACGGUUAAAAGAGUUUCUUGAAGACUAUGAUGAUGACAGAGAUGACCCCAAGUACUACAGGGGCAGUGCACUGCAGAAGCGUCUCAGAGACCGAGAGAAGGAGAUGGAGGCGGACGAGCGUGACAGGAAGAGAGAGAAGGAGGAGCUGGAGGAGAUCAGACAGAGGCUGUUAGACGAGGGACAUCCAAACCCAGACGCAGAGCUACGCAGGAUGGAGGAGGAAGAGGAGGAGCGUCUGAGACAACCACCCAUCAUCCAAGAGCCGGAGCCCGAGGAGGUACGGGAACGCCACAGGGGUUCACGAGACCACCGGGAGUGCCGACAGGAACCGGAGAGAUCAGAACCCCGCGCACGGCCUGUCCACUCAGACGACGAGGUGGAGGAGGGUGAGGAAGAUGACAAUGACGAAGAUAACCCUGACUCAAAACCGUGCUUGAAGCCCACGAUGCGGCCCAUCACAGCAGCACCCUCAGUGUCAUCUGCCAGUGGCAACGCGUCCCCCAACACACCCGGGGACGAGUCGCCCUGUGGCAUCAUCAUCCCCCACGAAAACUCUCCCCCUGAGGCUCUGCCGCAGGAGGAACACCGGCCAAAGAUCGGCCUCAGUCUCAAACUGGGUGCCUCAGGAAGCCCCAGUCAGCCCAACACAGGUAAGAGGAAGAAGCUGCCCGUGGACAGCGUCUUCGACAAGUUUGAUGACGAAGAGGCUGACGAACAGCCUCGCAAGAGGAAGCUGGUGCCCCUGGAUUACGAUGAUGACAAGAGCCUCGGGGUGGACGGGGCCGGGCUCUCCAGCAUAAAAGGGGACAACACCGAGGAGAAGCGUAAACACAUCAAGAGCCUGAUUGAAAAAAUUCCCACAGCAAAACCUGAGCUGUUCUCCUACCCGCUGGACUGGGCUAUGGUUGACACGACUUUAAUGGAACGGCGUGUUCGACCCUGGAUCAAUAAAAAGAUUAUUGAGUACAUUGGAGAAGAAGAGGCGACGUUAGUGGACUUUGUCUGCUCCAAGGUGAUGGCUCACAGUAUGCCACAGAGUAUCUUGGAUGAUGUUGCUAUGGUUCUUGAUGAAGAAGCUGAAGUCUUCAUAGUGAAGAUGUGGAGGUUACUCAUUUAUGAAACUGAAGCUAAGAAGAUCGGACUGGCGAAAUAAGCAAAACAACCACUGAAUGAAGAUCAACUGUUUUUUUUUCUUUUCAUACAUCGUGUAUAAUAGUGUAGCACAAUUAUGUCACCCCAAACGAAGCGACGUGUCUAUAUCAGUACAAACUGUAACUGCAGAUUCUACUCAUUCUCACAACUGCACAAGUUGUUCAGGUCAUGUCGGGUUUUUUCCCCUCCCCUCUUUGUUAGCAGGUGCUGACUGUGUCGGUGUGCUAUUGUGUAAAUAGUAGUCAUUGUUUGACUAUGAAGAAAUAAUUCUGAGAUGAGACCGUGGACCAUUGUUGCCAGAUUAGGUCUAUUGGUCCUAUUUUAUUUGUAUACAUGCCAACACACUUUAUGGGAAGAGUCGUGCAGCAAUCAAACUUUUAUUUAAAGUCUGUAAGGUGUGAAAUCUGGCUUCCAGUUGAAUGACGGUAUGUUAAGUGGACUUUAGAGUAUGCAUAACUACAACCAAGGAACCUAUAAAAGGUUCCUUAACUACAACACGGAUGUAAUCUUUUUUACAGGGUUAUUUAUUUGGUAUAUCGGGUUUACAGAUGUUUUCUCUUAAUUUUUCCUUAUCGCAUUCCUUAUAAAUGUGUUGGCAUGUUCAUUGUCCUCAGACCAUCUCAAAAAGCACCUACCGUAGUUUUCAUUUGAAAUGCGUCUACUGACAAGACCCACAGAAUAUAUCUUGGAUGGCUACAUCCCUGCAGCUGUACACACACACACACACACACACACACACACAACCACUAUAGGAAAAUGAGCUAAGAACGGGAAAAAAAUAUUUGAAGUUGUGAAGAUGCUCCAUUGUUUUUGUAUUGGUGAACAUUUGAAUAAAAUUGAUUUUUUUAUAA